AUGUCUGUGAGGUCAAUUUUCAGAACAUCCUCAUUACCUGUCAGAUUCGUUCGGAACUUACAUGUCUCCUCAUUUCUUUCUGCCAAGGAUUUCUACAAAGUUCUCGGUGUUGACAAAAAUGCAUCUCAGUCUGAUAUCAAAAAGGCUUAUUACCAGCUCGCUAAAAAAUAUCAUCCUGAUAUAAAUAAGUCAGACAAAACUGCAGCGCAGAAAUUUGCAGAAGUCAGUGAAGCCUAUGAGAUUCUUGGCGAUGAGCAAAAACGCAAACAGUAUGAUUCAUUUGGUGGUACUAAUGCCGGAGGUUUUUCUGGUGCCCAAGGCGGAUUUGGAGAUUUCGCUGCACAUGUGGACCCUGAAGAAUUAUUCCGUCGUAUUUUUAGAGACUCUGAUUUCGCUUUUAAAGAAUGGACCUCGGGUGAUAAAAAUUUUGCUGAAUCUAUUUUCGGGUUUAAUACAACUAGGGAGGUUUCCGUUAAUCUCUCUUUUGAAGAUGCUUGCAAGGGAAUUACAAAGGAGAUUAACAUCAAUACAGUUGUUCCCUGCUCGACUUGUGAAGGGUCACGCUGUCAACCAGGCACUGGAAUGGCAACUUGCCCCAACUGUCACGGCACUGGUAACGAGACUGUUAGUACAGGUCCCUUUGUUCUUCGAUCCACUUGUCGGAGGUGCUCUGGCACUGGGAGCAUUGUUAGGUAUCCAUGUCGAGCAUGCAACGGCACCGGUCAAACUGUUGGUAAGGAGAAUGUCAAGGUUGCUAUUCCCCCUGGUGUCGAAGAUGGCCAGGUUCUUCGUGUCUCUGUUUCUAAUGGACGUAACACCAGUCGAUAUCAACCAUCCCAAGAACUCUUUGUUACUGUUCGAGUUGCCUCUAGUAAAGACUUCAGACGAGAAGGCGCUGAUGUACAUUCAGAUGUUACCAUUUCUAUUUCUCAAGCCGUUCUUGGAGGAAAAAUUCGUAUUCCUGGAAUUUAUGACACUGUCCUGGUUACCAUUCCUCCCGGAUCUGCUAGUCAUGAUAAGAUUCGUCUCCCAGGAAAGGGUAUUAGUCGCGUGAGCGGACGUGGUUAUGGUGAUCAUUACGUCCAUCUCCAUAUUGGUACUCCAAAACGUCUAACUGAACUUCAACGGGCUCUCUUGUUAGCCUUCGCUGAAACCGAAACAAAUGUGAAGGGAACUACUGAAGGUGUCGCGCACACAGAAUCUGCUCUAUCAAAUCUUCAUCAAACACUUAUGAAACUGAGUAGUUCAGGUCAUGGCAGCGACCAACAGCAACACAAAUCUCAAAAUUCCAGUUCUGUUGAGGAUAAUAAUGAUGAUGACUGGGUCACCCGCGUCACCGGUGGCGUUAAACGGGCUUUUGGUGCUGUCAAGAGCGUUUUAGGUGGAGAACUUAAAAAAUAA